UGUGAGUGUGUGUGUGUGUGUGUGUGUGUGUGUGUGUGAGUGUGUGUGUGUGUGUGUGUGUGUGUGAGUGUGUGUGUGUGUGUGUGUGUGUGUGUGUGUGUGUGUGUGUGAGUGUGUGUGUGUGUGUGUGUGUGUGUGUGUGAGUGUGUGUGUGUGUGAGUGUGUGUGAGUGUGUGUGUGUGUGUGUGUGAGUGUGAGUGUGUGUGUGUGUGUGUGUGUGAGUGUGUGUGUGAGUGUGUGUGUGUGUGUGUGUGUGUGUGUGUGAGUGUGUGUGUGUGUGUGUGUGUGUGUGUGUGUGUGAGUGUGUGUGUGAGUGUGUGUGUGUGUGUGUGUGUGUGUGUGUGUGUGUGAGUGUGUGUGUGUGUGUGUGUGUGAGUGUGUGUGAGUGUGUGUGUGUGUGUGUGUGAGUGUGAGUGUGUGUGUGUGUGUGUGUGUGUGUUUUGCAAUUCCAAACAUUUUUUUUCUUUCCAAAACACACAGAAGCAAACAGUAACAUACAGAAAGCACACAUUAAAACAACAUACAGUAAAUAACAGGUCUCUUUAUCUUCUUAAGCAAAAAGAUAUAAAAAUGGCUUUCCUCGUUUUAUUAAAUAAAUUCAUUUUAUUAAAAGAACAGAUUUUCUGGCAGAUUUUGUUUAUUACUGUCAAUUAUAAAACAUUGCAAGAUAACAAAACAAAUCUUUAAAGAAAUAUUCCGGGUUCAAUCAAAAACAUUUGUGGCUUAAUAUUGAUUACCACAAAAAUAAUUCUGACUCGUCACUCCUUUUCUUUAAAAAAGCACAAAUAUGUCAAUUUUUGGAGGUUUAAAGGCAGAAAUGUGAUGUUUAUAAUUUUAUAAAAGCACUUACAUUAAUUCUGUUAAAACUCAUGUAUUAUUUGAGCUGUAAAGUUGUUUUAAACGUUUUUUAUUUUAUUUAUUUAUUUAUUUUUGUGAUGGACUACUAAAUUACAGGGAUUACAGGGUUUACAGCGUUACGUCGUCAUGGCAACAAAGUUGUAAAAUUGUCUAACUUUCCACAGAUGUGGUUAGUAAGUGAUUUUAUGACAGUAAAAUCAUGUUAACACACAUAUUGUUUAUGUCUUGUGUCUAUACUUUUGAAACAGUGAGUAUUUUAAUGUUUACAGAUUGACCCCAUUGACUUCCAUUGUAAGUGUCUCACUGUGACCUUAAUUUCUGCUUUUUUUUUUUUAUUUUUUAUUGUGGUAAUAAACAUUAUGCCACAAAUGCUGUGGAAUGCGCUUAACUUGUAUUGAACAAACCUUGGCUUCGUGCAAAAUAGCUAAUAAUAUAAUAUUAUCAACGGUUCACAUAUGAAUGAGAUCACACUGAGUUGUUGUUAUGAAUUAUUGCAGUGGGACGCCGGCGUUGUGACGCGUUCUUUAAGCGCUUCUCUGAUUGGUCACUGGAACAAAAAUCGCGUGGGAGAAUGGGGAAAUGGGUGGAGUGAAGGCAAGUGUAUCCGCUAACGCCAUUGGUUCUCGGUUUUAGUGGGCGGGGUUUAUCAGAUGCGGGCCUCGUAUAUAAAGCAACAGCAGCACGGCAGUAGCCACACAUUGAACUGAACGAGCGGUUUGAACACGUGAACCUGAGGUACUUUACGAAACAAAUAACAUCGUUUCGUUUUCCUUCGAAAAUCAACCACGUUUCAGAUAAUAAUCUCGAGGAUAUUUCGUAAUUAUGGCCUGUUAAUAGAGACGUUUUGCUGUGUGUUCGUGCAGUUACUUUGGAAUCUAAACACUGUGGAUUUACCUCAGACAUUAAAGCGACUGAAACGGUGAAAUAACGCGAAUUUCUGGUCGAAAGGAGACGCAAUAUUAAGUGUGUACCGGUGAUCAGGAGAAGCAGUCUGUUUAUUUCUCAUCACGAGCAUCGGAUCGGCGGAUGGAUCGGAACACGGAGCCACGGAGCUGCCGCAGUCACGGAUCCCGGUGUCCUGAAGUCCUGCGCAGCGACACAUCCAUGAAAUUAUCCUUCAGCUCCACAACAGGAACCCGCUUCGAGCUCAGUGUCCCGCGGGAGGAGACGGUGGAGGGUCUGAAGAGGAAACUUUCACAAAAACUCCGAGUUCACAAAGACAGACUGCUGCUGCUGCACAGAGACACGAGGCUGAGUUCCGGAAAACUACAGGAUUUUGGCGUCAGUGACGGGAGCAGAUUGACGCUUGUGCCCUCUGUUGAAGCAGGACUGAUGUCGCAGUCGUGGCGUCAGGAGCAGUCGGUCCUGCAGGCGUUGGAAAGUCUCACAGAUGCGCAGGUCAGUGACUUCCUGUCGGGGCGGUGCCCUCUGACCCUUGCCCUGCGAGUGGGGGAUCACAUGAUGUUUGUUCAGCUGCAGCUGGCAGCUCAGCAGUCUGCAGCUCAGCAUCGCACACCGUCUGUCUCCAGAGGUCCAACAGGCAGCAGAAUGACACCUGCAAGAGCGGACAGCACUGAAGACCCUCAACUCUCACCUUGCAGCUCAAACUCGCCACAGAGAGACCACCCAGCCCCUCCCACGCCUCUCUGCAGCCACGCCCACAGUGGACAUAGCCCCACCCCCACUACACCCUGCCAUCAGGCUGAAGGCAGUGAUCAGAGCCCCAGACAGAGACUCAAACCAGGUGCGAUCAUCGAGAGUCUGGUGAAUCACGCACCUGGAGUUUUCUCAGGAACGUUCUCAGGUACUUUACACCCCAGCUGUCAGGAUGGCAGUGGGCGUCCUCGCCGUGACAUCACCACUAUCCUGCAGAUCUUGAACGAUCUCUUGAGUGCCACGCGGCAUUACCAGAGUGCCCCCCCAACCAUCACACAUCUGCGCUGUCAGACUCCCUGCCCUACAGCCUCGCCCUGCUCACCUCCACCCUCACCUACCUCAGACCGAGUGCAGCACUCGCACCUGCGCAGACCGUCUGGUGAGCGUUUGCGGCAGACGGAAAACAAAGCCACUCGCUGUAAAUUGCAGCAGCUGCAACUCCUACUGCAGCAGCGACGACUGCGACGGAAAGCCAGGAGAGACACGCGCAGGCCGUACCACUGGCCGGCCAAUCGCAAGGCCACGCGUAGUCAUAGCAACAGCAGUCUGUCCAGCGACGGGUCCUUGGAUCUGGACUUUCAAGAGCCUGUCUGGAAACCCGAUGUGCAGGCGGACAUGAGCACCGAGUUUGUCGUGGCUUGAGGUGAACAGAUGAACGACUAGAUGGGAUACUGCCGCUGGUAGAGGAACGGACAACUGGAAUAAAGGAUAGAAAACAAAGGUUGGAAGGAAACAAAAUAAUUUGUGCUGUAACGCUGCUUGAAAAGGAUCAGGACACACGGGCAUUAAUGACUGACUGUGAUUUAAUCAGUUCAUGCUGUAGACUCCACUAACUAACUGUGAAACACUUGGACUGUUUUUAUUCACGUCACUGGCUUUAAUGGGCAUUCAUAACAUUGCUAAGAAUCAUUUUGGUAAUCAGUAUUUCUGUUUUGUUUUCAAGUAAAAAUAUCUAAACAUCUUUUAAAACAAGACACAUUUACUUGAAGCAUGUGUAAAAUAUUAAGACUUGUUUUCAGAUUAUCUAGAAUUAAGUUUAAUUUAUGCUUUAAACAAGCAAACAAUAGACACAUUUUAAUGAGGAUUAUGCUUAAGACAAAUAUUCCGGGUUCAAUACAAGUCAAGCUCAAUCCACAGCAUUUGUGGCAUAAUGUUGAUUACCACAAAAAUGUAUUGACUCGUUCCUCAAAAAAAAAAAAUCACAAAUCUGUUCCAGUGAGACACUUACAAUGGAAGUCAAUGGGGUCAAUCUAUAAACGUUGAGUUAUUGGUAUCGGCAGACCUCUAAUAAGGUGGUGGAAAAGGUAGUUAACCGAUUAAUGAGCCAGUAGGUUUUAUUUUAAUCAUUUUAUAGAAUGAUUUAAACAAUCUUAGUUUUUACUUAAUAUGAAGGGCACAGACAUUGAGGCUCCAAAAUGAAUAAAAUGCCAAAAGCAGUUUAUCGUGCACCCAAAAUCACUAACCAGAAAAAUAUUAUUUGCUGUAUAACACAGGACUUUUAACUAUAAAUGAGCCCGAAAUUAUCCGUGGACUCUUAUUUUGAAAUGACAGCCCUUACAAAAAAUCUGAACUUGCAUCAGAUUUGAUGCUCGUUAUCGUCACAUGCAAAUGAGCUUGUGAUUCGCCGUACAUGUUUGCCAGGAGUUUGCAGCUUUUCAUCGGUAGUGGUAAACCUCCAGCAAACCUUUAGCAACAGUGGACAAUUUGGCGCAAAGCUCAUUUGCAUGUGAAAAUUAUCUGUGGUGAGUUUUCGGCAAAUUUGCAGUGAACUCUCAAUUUUUGUAAGGGUUAGACGUGCUCCGUUACAGUGCUCUGUAUGCAUUUACCAAAUGAAGCUAUUUAUAGCCUAUACCUCAGAUGAAGAGUUUUGUAUAAUGUAUGUAAUAUUUACCCAGAUGAGGUUUGUUGAUGAGGAAUAAAAAAUAAAAACUAUCUGCAACAAUCGGCAUCGUUUUUUGCUGAUAACCAAUAGUCCCAAAAGGCAACUAUCGGCACCGAUUAAUCGGUAAAACCGAUAUAUCGGUCUACCUCUAGUUAAUACUGACUGAUUCAAAAAGUGUAGACACAGAACAUAAACAAUAUGUGUGUUAACAUGAUUUUACUGUCAUAAAAUCGCUUACAAACCACAUCUGUGGAAAGUUAUAGACAAUUUUACAACUUCGUUGCCAUGACGACAUAACACUGUAAACCCUAACACGAUUGUAAAAAUGACUAUUUAAUCAACUUUACAGCUCAAAUAAUACAUAAGUGUUAACAGAAUUAAUGUAAGUGCUUUUAUAAAAUUAUAAUCUUCACAUUUCUGUCUUUAAACCCUCUAAAAAUUGGCCCCAUUGACUUCCAUUGUAAGUGUCUCACUGGAACUCACAUUUAAAGAAAAGGAGGAACGAGUCGAAAUUUGUGGUAAUCAACAUUGACACAAAUGCUGUCGAAUGAAACAGAAUAUUCCUUUAAUUCAAGAUAUUACAGUCUUCGUUUGGCUUUAAGUAAAUGCAUUUUGUUUUUUUUAGAUAUUUUUCCUGGAAAAUAAAAUUAAACUGAUUAAGAAAAUGCUGUGGGUUUUUAUUUUUUUUUUUGUUGCAGGAAAUUGUUUGUACACUGUUUAAAGUAUUGUUACAGAAUGCAGUAUGUAGCAUUAUCACGUCAGGUUUUCACCUCCCGUUUGAUGUUUUGAACUGUUUUCUCAUGAGCAUUAAAAUAUAUUGAUACGUGUUGUGGAGGACAGUACACUGACAGUACGUCAGUAGUUUGAGAUGUGAAGAAAAUCUCUAGUGCUUUUGAAGACAAACAGACCUAUGACUUUUGAGAAAAUAACAUUUAUUACUGUGUGAAUAAUGGCCUGUAUUUUAUAAGACCAAUUCAUCCAAUACAGAGUCAUAAUGCAGCAUGUACUGUGGGAUUGACUAACAAAAAUCAAUUAUCAAAUCGUCUUACUCUUAAUACUAUAACGCUUCCCUGCACAACGGAGGCUCCUAUUGGGCGUCUGUGAUCACAUGAUCAACAUGACGAUUUGUAUGUACUGAAUGACAUAUGGUCAUACGAGACUAUUUCAUAAACCAAUGAAAUGGGUUUAUCUGUGUCCAGAGAGAUGCAAGCAUGAGUUUAUUUCCAUCUUUACUGUACUAUUGAAGUGAAGAAAAUAUUGCAGUUUUGGUUUAUGAAAGUGUUUUAUAUUGUGUAGUGUGACACGUGAACUGUUUUACGUGUGAGGAUGAGCGUUCGGCUGCAGUGGCCUUCUGUUAUCUUACAGGAACCAAACAUGCAAUUGAUCUGGACUGGCAUGGAUUGUACAGAUAUUAGUUUCCCUAUGUUCUGAACGAAACUGCAAUGAAAGUAUGUGACCUGAA